CAUAUAAGCAGCUCCAGGUGAUCGGAGCAGAGCACUCCUGAAAGCAGAGCGUGAAGAACAUGCAGACUCUGAUCCUCACAGUGCUGCUGCUCGCUGUCUCCUGCACCGCCAUGCCGCGUGCACUGAAUGCCCCUGGUCCGUGCUGCUUUCAAUUCUUUACAGGUACGGUCCCCAAGCCGAAGAUAAUCUCCGUCAUCAAGACCCACAGCCACUGCCCCAUGCAGGGAUUCAUCAUCAGUACAGCUGCUGGGAAGGAGUUCUGCGUGAGCCAGAAUGUGGUCUGGGCCCAGACAGCGUUCGAUGAGCAGUAGGUCGUGAAGGGCUGAUGCUGCUCCUCGUGAUCACAUGACCACAUCACCAACAUCUCCACCUGCGUCUUCACUCUGUCUGCUCAUCGUGAUCACAUGACCAACAUCUCCAGCUGCUCCACCUGCAUCUUCACUCUGUCUGCUCCUCGUGAUCACAUCACAUCACCUUUUUUCUUUAUAUUUACAUUUUUAUUUUAAAACAUGUUUUGAUUAAGCAUUCUUGAAAGGAAAAAAUUAAAAUGAAUAUUAAACUGUUUAUAAUAAAAGUGAGAACUGUUGCAUAUUCGUCA